AUGGAGAAUGAAUUCACUGAAAAGGAUGUGGUUGUAGGUCCAAUCUCUGGAAUGCGAUUUAGAGAUAAAAAUUCUUUGUUUGCAUUCUACAAAGAACAUGCACGAUUGAAAGGAUUCUCUGUUGUCAAAAACAAUUGCAACAAGAAGGGUGGUGACAAUGCCAGGUACAUAACUUACUAUUGUGAUAGGGCUAGGAUUCACAAAAUAAAGUUUACCACCAAGAGUAACAAUUGUAAAGCUAGGCUCGCUGCUGUUUUGGAUGAUUCUGGUUGUUGGCGCGUCUCUAAGGCUGUUCACGAUCACAACCAUGAUUUGGUCCCUUACAUAUCGCUCCUGAUGGCUGGACAUAGGUCCGUUUGUGAUUCUUUGAAGAGGGAUCUUGUAGCUCACAAACGAUCUGACAUUAGACCCUCCAAGAAUAUUAGACUUGCUGAUGUAAAGGAUAGGGAGUUUUUCUAUUCAAUAGACGUUGAUAAUAUUGGUAGGCUGCGAAAUGUGGUGUGGGUGCAUUCACACUGUAAGGCAACGUAUGAGCAAUUCCAUGAUGCGAUAUGCUUUGAUACGACGUACCUUGUGAAUCGAUAUAAUAUGCCAUGUGCUACAUUUAUUGGCAUCAAUCACCAUAGACAGCCCAUCUUACUGGGACGUGCUCUCAUGUCUCAUAAAGAUAUCGAUAGUUAUAAAUUGGUUUUUAGAACUUGGUUUGAGGCCAUGGGAAAUGUUCAUCCAGAUGCGAUCAUAACUGAUAAGUGUCAGAGCAUUAAGCCAGCCAUUGCUGAAGUGAUGCCAAAUACAAUACAUAGGUGUUGUAUUUGGCCUAUAUUUUCAAAGUUGCCUCUUUACUUAAGUGGUGUUCGUCCUUCUAAAAUUGCACGUGGAGAAUUUAAAUCCAUGGUCCUUGAUAGCAUUACUGUUGAAGUUUUUGAGAGAAAAUGGACAGAAUAUAUUGCAAGGUAUAAUUUGCAUACAAGGAAUUGGUUCAACAAGCUUUACUCUGAGAAGGAAAAAUGGGUUCCUAUGUACCUCGAUGUGUAUUUUUGGGCUGGUAUGCUAUCUACGCAAAGAAGUGAGGGGAUGCAUGCAUUCUUUGAUGGAUAUAUUACCCGUCAAAGCACUCUUAGGAUGUUUGUUCACCAGUAUGAGUUAGCUAUAGGAGCUAAGCAUGUGAAAGAGUUGGAAGUGGAAUACAAGUCAAAGGGCUUUCAAAUUGUGUGUGAGUCAAUGUUCAAGUGGGAGGAGCAGGCAAUUCAGUGUUAUACGCGUACAAUGUAUGAACUUUUCAAGACACUGCUAAGGAAAUUGUAUCAUUGUGAAGUCAGCAGCCCCGACGAUCAUCAAGUUGUCCCUGGUGUUGAGAAAUUCAUUGUUAGUGAUUAUUCCGUUGUAAAAAAAAUGAUGGAAAUCCAGUUGAGUACACUGUUGAAUAUACACCUAUUGAUGAUUAUUUUAGUUGCAACUGCAAAUGGUUCGAGUCUAGAGGGAUAA